GGUGGAUAGAUUGACCAGAGAAGGGUUUUUGUCUUUUUUUUCCCCUUUUCUUAUCCCACCUACGAAAGAACAAAGUGUCUACAGUUUACGCUACCUAUCGGUCACAUUUACAAACUUGCAGACAGGAAAAACUCGCUCUCCGGCGUGGGAUAAUAACCUUUCCUCUUUAUAACGCAGCGCAGAAGAAGAAAGAAGGAGAAAAUAAACAUAAAGAACAUGGGGUGGUGAAGAAGGUGUCGAAACGAUGAUUCUCCGGGAGGACCCGUGAAGCUUAUUUAUUUAUUUAUUUCCCUUCAUAUCCCUUUCAUUUUUAUUUUUUUUCUUUAUUUUGCUCUCCUCUUGUCACUUGAGGGGUGUUUUUUUUUUAAAGAAAAGGCACCGUGGGAAAGCCACGGGACAAACACGGGGCCGAAGGAUGGACCAACCCAGCAUCCUGAGAAAGUUUAUCCAAGGGGUGAACGCCAUGCGAGAGGGGGACGAGAGGGGUGAGGACAACUUCGGGAGCGACUUUAUGAGGCUACGACGGUUAUCGACCAAAUACAGGACGGAGAAGAUCUACCCCACCAACAUAGGAGAGAGGGAAGAGAACGUCAAGAAAAACAGAUACAAAGAUAUACUGCCAUUUGAUCACAGUAGGGUGAAGCUGGCAUUAAAAACAAGCAAUCAGGACACAGAUUACAUCAAUGCCAAUUUCAUCAAGGGUGUAGAUGGUCCCGAGGCCUACAUCGCCACCCAGGGCCCCCUGCCCAACACUGUCAUCGACUUCUGGAGGAUGAACUGGGAGUACAACGUAGCUGUUAUUGUGAUGGCUUGUCGAGAGUUUGAGAUGGGCAGGAAAAAGUGUGAACGGUAUUUCCCAAUGCUAGGGGAGGAGCCUAUGUCUUUCGGCCCUUUCAGAAUAUCCUGCGAAUCAGAGCAGGCCAGAACAGACUACUUUAUCAGAACGCUGAUGGUGGAGCAUGAGAAUGAGUCGAGGAGGGUGACUCAGUUCCAUUACAUGAACUGGCCGGACCACGAUGUCCCCUCUUCGUUUGACUCCAUACUGGAUAUGAUAGCACUAAUGAGAGAAUACCAGGAGAAAGAUGACGUUCCUAUAUGUGUACACUGCAGUGCAGGCUGUGGGAGGACUGGUGCUAUCUGUGCCAUAGACUACACAUGGAACCUGCUCAAAGUCGGGAAGAUUCCAGACGAUUUCAACGUAUUCCGUUUGAUUCAGGAAAUGAGGACGCAGCGGCACUCUGCCGUGCAGACCAAGGAGCAGUAUGAGUUAGUCCAUAGAGCAAUUGCUCAACUCUUUGAGAAACAGCUUCUACUCCUGGAGAGUCCGACCAACACAAAGAUACAUGAUGGCAUGGAUGAGAGUAGUAUAGACAAGGCAGGCCACCAAUCAAGUGAUGAGAAAUGGGACACGCCGCCCCCAAAGCCUCCCCGCGUUCGCAGUUCCCAGGCAGAGGGUGAUGUUAAGGAGGAGAUCCUACAGCCCCCUGAGCCUCACCCAGUGCCCCCCAUCCUCACCCCGUCUCCCCCUUCGGCUUUCCCCACAGUCACAAACGUACGGCAAGACAAUGACCGCUACCACCCCAAGCCUGUCAUACACGUCCUGGCCUCCGGACAGCACAGCCUAACACAGAAUCAAGUGGACAAACAACUGAGUCCGCAACAGAACCAAUCAGAACCGAGCUCAAAACAGCAAAUCAGUCCCUCGGAGCAGAAAGGCCAGAAUCCACCCAGCCAAAAAGAGCUUACCCAAACCCAGGUUGCAAAUACAGAUCUCAACGAGAACUAUAACAGCAAAUUGUCUUUGACAUCAGAACCUGGUCCAACCCAAUCGCCCUCCUCCUCCCCCCUCUCCCCGGCUCUGGAAGCUUCUGGCGUUCCACGGAUUGAGAGGAAGCUGAGCAUUGAGAUUAAGAAGGUUCCGUUGCAGGAGGGACCUCGCAGCUUUGAUACCUCCUCCUCCACGGGAGUGGGAUGUGGGCUCAGCACUGGUUCAGCCAAUAGUGCGGGUGUGCUGCAACGAUGCCAUGCCUUCAAGGCCCGCUCUGGCCAAUCCCUGCUGACUUCCAGCUCCUCACUGUCGGAGGAUUCUGGCACGGAGGGAGGAGGAGGGGUGGGUAGUGGGGGGAGUCAAGCGGACGCUGGCCUCCCUUCCAGACCCAACCAUCUCCCCUUGAAAGGCGGAGAGAGGGGGGAGGCUCAGGCAGGGGACAAAGGAGAGGCGAAGGCAGGCCAUGCUGCAUGGGCACAGCCCAGCAGCAGCCCAGAAAAACAUCUCCCCAAGACCUCGUCAUCUUCCUCCUCCUCAGACCGUGUCGCUCCCUCCUCCUCCUCCUGCUCAUCUCACCUCUCCUCCACAUCCUCCUCCUCCUCCUCCUCCACUCCUGUUAGGACUGCCCUGAGUUUCACCAACCCCCUGCACUCCGACAACUCUGACGAAGAGGGCGACAGAGAGAUGUCUGGAGGGAGGGGGAGUUAUCAGCAUUCUAGUGUAUCCACGGCAACCGCCACGGUAACCGCGGUACCCCACCACAGGGACCAGCAGCAGCAGCAGCAGCAGCAGCAGCCCAGGAAGGUGUUGCCCAUGUCCAUCGCCGGGACAACCUCUCCGUCGCCCACAGCGACCACAGCAAACUGCUGGGACAGCGACGACUCCCCUCCCCCCCUCCCUGAGAGAACCCCCGAGUCCUUCAUACUGGCCACAGACCCGUUGGAAGUGAAGACCUCAGCCUCAGCUGAAUGGACCAGCCCACAUGGAGACAUGUCAGAGUGCAGUAAAAGGCCAUCGCCUUCCACUGAUCCUUUGUCUGCUGACGUCACAGCAACAGACAGCAAAGCAGACCUUGGAUUCGGUAACCGCUGCAUUCAGCCUAAAGGCCCCCAAGAUCCCCCUGUGGAGUGGACAUGAUGUAGUGGUCCAUCCAUCCACCUACUGGUCCCCUCUCACAUUACCACCAGGAGAUGGACUUCUCUAAUCCCACCUGGUCGAUCCAACGCCAAGGCUACAGAUGCUACAUAAAUAGCACAUUUUUACAUAGAAACACCCUAUGUAAAUCUGUGUCAACACCUGAUCCAAUUUAAGUUACCUAUCUCCUCCACGUCCUCCAGUCCUCCUUCCGGACCCUCCAUCAAAGUGCCGCUGUGCAGAGGAGACGAACACUGAUUGGACAAAUGAUUUGCCUGGCCUGGUCCCACCUCUACCUUUUCAGAUUCCUGAUGUUAGGGUUUUUCUAGACACUGACCUCAGAUCAAUUUGACAAUUUCCCCACUAAUGUGUAAACGAGGCCUUCGGACAGGGGACCGUACACGAGCCCAUCCUGAGUUAUUUUAAACAGUCGCAGAAGGUUAACCAUGGUAAACCCGGGCCAGCCUCACUCAUUCUGAUGGAGAACACUGUACAUCCUGUGAAACGGCACAAUCUCAUUUGUCUUCUGUUAACGAGUGCACGCGACACUUGAAGUGAAAGUCUUCAGGUAAUGAGAUUUUUGAAAUAUUUCUGAUUAAACUGAAACCAACUGAAAAAUUUACCCUUUCAAAAGGUGUGAUUUAGCAGUCUUUUUGUGAUAUGAAACUACACUGAGCACCUACAGUACACGGUUAAACCCCGGCUAGGGGUUUUAAGGGAAGGGGAACAUGAGAACAUGUUUGUAGGUUUAUCAAGUGGGCUUCUCUCUCCCCCCGUAUAUGUAUUUGUUGAAUUAAUCCUGCAACACAUCCGGGAAGCGCAGAGGUGAUGUCUAGUUUCUCUGAACAAUCUGCUUCCACACGCUGGACUUCAUUUGAUGGUUUCAUCAGUGAAACUUACUUUUACCUGUUUCCGUAUGUGUAGAGACUCCAAAAAUAAAAACAAAAAAAACACGACAAAACAGGACGGCAAUGACUAGGAACCCAGGACUACUGUUAUCUCCUGAUUUAUCAUUCUCUGCUAACUUUUAUUUCUCCGAUAGCUACCGUAACUAUAUAUGCAUUGUUUUAUAAAAAUAAAGAAAUGUACAGGGCAACUUAGGUAUAUAAUAUUUCAGUUUGUUUUUUUUUGCUAUCUUUUAAAUAUUCUUAUUAACAGAAGAUGUAAGAAAGUCAAUGCAUGAUGAUUCCUGCCCCCUCACGAUAUUUUAACCCUCAAAACUGUAAAUUAUUCUGCUGCCCUUUGGUUUUGCUUUUGGCAAAUAUUUCAGGGUUGUCUUUUUUUUUAAUGUUUGAAUUAUAUGCUUAGAAGAUUUAAUAAAGUAUAUGUUUUUAUUCAGUUGGUGAAAGAAAAGCGUCGACUGCCAACUGGUCCCCCUUCAAGAUGGCUACAAUGGGCUCCGAAUAAGAUUGUAGUGAUGAUGAUGAUGAUGAUGAUGAUAAUAAUAAUGAUAAUAAUAAUAAUGGUCUUUUUUGUAAAUGGUAUUUCAAAAGUUAUUUUUGUAUACGCAGUUGUUGGUUGUCACAAGUCCACGGAGCCCUCGCCCUCCACUUCACUCUUUCAGCCUCCCUUCAUCUCUCUCUCUCUCUCUCUCUCUCUCUCUCUCUCUCUCUCUCUCUCUCUCUCUCUCUCUCUCUCUCUCUCAUCAGUAUUGCUUUCACCUUGUACUUCUUUCACACAAGGUCUUAUUUCAUUCUGCUUACUCUUUGUGCACGGUUAUAACCGUUUUUUGAAUUAGUUCACAAGAUGUGUAAGAGGAUUUAAAAAACAAAACAAAAAAAAACCUGAGAGUGACACGGAAAGUAAUUCGAUAUUUACAUCUUAGGCCUUCCUUUCUUCAUCUCGCUCAUUCUUUCCUCCUUUUGUUUGCUCUUGUUCAGCCUCCUCUCUCCCUCUGCUGCUGUCCGUUUCUCCUCUACACAGCAACUCUUGAAAAUGCUGAUAUUUUCCCCACACAUCCUGACGCUUCUCUGCACAACACACCUCACUAGCAACGCAUUACCAAUGCAUCUCCAACAAUGUCUCGAGGUGACACAAUAUGCCGUCAAGUAGACGGGCGGAUAUGUUGACGUGCCCCUUUUUUGUUUUACCUUUUCACUUUAUUUCUCCCUCCGCUUCGAUUCCCCGUCCGCCUCCUCUUGACACUUUCUGUACACCAGCUUUUUCCCUCUCUUCAUCCAUAGCUUCACUUUGGCCUCCCCACCCCGUCUCCAAAGCAGUAGCCUUGUUCUCAGAAAGAGCCCACCUGUGCCUUUAAGAGAGAGCCCGCCCCUCCCCCGCCCCGCCCCCCUCCUGUUGUAUUUAGCAGAGUGAGUGAUGUGAUUCGCUGCUGCUUGCCCAUCACCUCCUGCGUGACACUUGGCCACGCCUCCUCCUUCAUGCCCCCCCCUCACACACACACACACCCACACCCAUUGUGUUUGUAUGUUGCAGAAAUCAAUCAGUAAAAAAUGAAUAUUACGUAAUGCUGUGCCUCUCGUUGGGUAUUUCAUUUUAAAUAGCUUUGUGUGUGUGUGUGUGUGUGUUUUUUUUUUAAGUGUGCACAAUCCAUAAACUUGGCAGAGGGGAAAGAAAGAAAAUGUGUUUUUCUAUUGACGUGCCCAUGCAAAGGAAAGAUCAGUCAACGAUUCAUUUCUCUUAGUGUUGAGUUGGUAACGGAAGCGUGUCGAGAGGUGCGCCGGAGAGCCGAGACUCGGCCUGACGUGUCAGACCCGGGCAGGUGUGCUGCCCUACAAAGCUCAAGAGGAGGUAGCGCUUUAAUGACAUGAAUAAAAUGGGAAUUGUGACAUUAAUCUGCUGUUUGAGCUUGUGUAACAGUGCAGUUUUUAUGUGUAUAGUAUUUGGUGAUAGGAAUUUUCAAAACCUCUGUCAUAACCUAUGACCUUUACAAACAAUAAAACAGUUGCUGGUUG